AUGGCUACGGGAAGUAUUUAUGUAGCUGUGCCUGCUCUUGCUGCCGCUGUUGGAUUUUAUUUCAUAGAUACAAACCAUAUAAAGGAAAUCAAAAAAGAGUUUUCAGUAUCCAAUAACAAAAUGAAAGAUCAAGAGAAGACAAUUCAACAUCCGAAAAUGGCACCACAGCUUGAUGGUUUGCAUUGUUUUGAAACCAUUGUGAUGAAUUAG